AUGCGCCUUUCAGCCGCGCUCGGGCUGCGCGUUGCCCUGGUGGGGAGUGCCGCGGAGACUUGUCACUCUGACCCUGGGAUCCCUCCGAGCGUCUGGCAGAAAUGUCUAAUGCAAAAGAAAGAAAACAUGCUAAGAAAAUGAGAAACCAGCCCACUAAUGUGACUUUAUCUUCUGGCUUUGCGGCUGAUAGAGGCGGAAAGCACCACAAUGGAGGUGGGAAACCUUUCCCAGCUCAAAAACAUGAGCUUCAUUCUGGAACUUCACGACAGCGGCAAACCAAAAUCACCCCCCAUUCGCUGCCUGAGCCUGAUGGGAAUGAGCAGUCUUCCUCUAAAGUAAUGUUCAGGAAAAAGGGAGGAUGGAAGGCAGGUCCCGAGGGCACGGCUCAGGAGAUUCCCAAGUAUAUAACCGCUUCUACUUUUGCUCAAGCACGAGCUGCUGAGAUCAGUGCUAUGUUAAAAGCCGUGACUCAGAAGUCUUCUAAUUCGCUGGUUUUCCAGACAUUGCCACGGCACAUGCGACGUAGAGCCAUGAGCCACAAUGUCAAACGCCUUCCAAGACGGUUACAGGAGAUUGCCCAGAAAGAGGCCGAGAAAGCUGUCCAUCAGAAAAAAGAACAUUCAAAAAAUAAAUGCCAUAAAGCUCGGAGAUGUCACAUAAACCGGAUGUUAGAAUUUAACCGCAGACAGAGGAAGAACAUAUGGUUGGAAACUCACAUCUGGCACGCCAAGCGGUUUCACAUGGUCAAGAGGUGGGGCUACUGCCUCGGGGAGAGGCCGACCGUCAAGAGCCACAGAGCCUGCUAUCGAGCCAUGACGCACCGGUGCCUUCUGCAGGAUUUAUCCUACUACUGUUGUUUGGAAUUGAAAGGCAAAGAGGAAGAAAUACUACAGGCGCUCUCCCAGAUGUGUAGCAUUGACACAGGAUUGACGUUUGCAGCAGUUCACUGCUUGUCUGGAAAGCGUCAAGGGAGGCUCGUGCUCUACCGGGCGAAUAAAUAUCCCAGGGAACUGCUUGGCCCUGUCACGUUCAUCUGGAAGUCCCAGAGGACCCCUGGGGAUACUCUUGGGAUCAGACAGUUGUGGAUCUGGCUGCAUCCGACUCUUAAACAGGAUAUCUUAGAGGAACUGAAAGCAGUGUGCCAGUGUACAGAUCCCUUCAAAUCAGCUAUCUGCAUCCCUGACUCACUUCUGGUGUCAUCCCAAGAAAAAAGCCAAACCGAACUGCCUGAUGAGAAAAUUGGCAAGAAAAGAAAAAGGAAAGAUGAUGGAGAAAAUGCUAAACCAAUUAAAAAAGUUAUUGGUGAUGGAACUAGAGACCCAUGUCUACCAUAUUCUUGGAUUUCUCCAGCCACAGGCAUCAUAAUCAAUGAUUUGACAAUGGAGAUGAACAGGUUCCGCCUGAUUGGUCCACUUUCCACCUCCAUCCUAACGGAGGCGCUGAAAACUGCUUCUGUCCACACUGGGGAAGAGGACACAGAGAAGAUACCUCACUGCUGGUGGAGUGAAGCCUGUAAGAAUCCUGAUAGCGUUUCCCUUCAUCACAGACAACAAGCCAUUUUUGAAUUGUUGGGAGGAAUAGCAUCACCAGCAGAAAUUCCGGCAGGUACUAUUCUGGGACUGACAGUUGGGGAUCCUCGAAUAAAUCUGCCUCAAAAGAAGUUCAAAGCUCUGACCAAUCCAGAAAAAUGCCAAGAUAAGGAGAGCAUUAGACAGCUGCUCCUGGAGGGCGUGCCUGUGGAGUGUGCACAUAGCUUUAUCUGGAACCAGGAUAUCUGUAAGAGUGUCACAGAGAAUAAAAUCUCGGACCAGGAUUUAAACCGGAUGAGAAGUGAAUUGCUGGUGCCUGGGUCACAGCUUAUUUUAGGUCCCCAUGAAUCCAAGAUACCUGUGCUUUUGAUUCAGCAGCCAGGAAAAGUGACUGGUGAAGACCGACGGGGCUGGGGAAGUGGCUGGGAUGUCCUACUCCCAAAGGGCUGGGGCAUGGCUUUCUGGAUUCCAUUUAUCUAUCGAGGUGCAAGAGUUGGGGGAUUAAAAGAGACUGUAGUACAUUCUCAGUAUAAAAGGUCACCCAACAUCCCAGGCGAUUUUCCAGACUGCCCCGCUGGGAUUCUGUUUGCUGAAGAACAAGCUAAGAAUCUUCUUGAAAAGUACAAAAGACGCCCUCCUGCCAAACGACCUAACUAUGUGAAGCUUGGCACCCUGGCACCUUUCUGCUGUCCCUGGGAGCAGUUAACUCAAGACUGGGAGUCAAGAGUCCAGGCCCACGAAGACUCUUCUGAAGCUUCAUCUCCAAAUGGCAAGGAGAGUGACCUAAGAAGACAUGAGGUGCCUUACACUUCCACGUCUGAGAAGACAAGUCAGCCAUCUGAUGAGUUGGGCACAUCCAGGAAUCACCCCGGGGAGCCGGAAGAAGUAAUGGACACAGAAUGUCAAGGCCAGGCGGGGCCUGAGAGGGUCGUGGGCCAGGAGGUCAGUGAGAACCACGUUGCUUCCACUGGCGGUCAACUCUGUGUUCUUAGGAGUAGGAUAUUGCUGAAGCAACUGUCAGCCUGGUGUGGACCCAGUUCCGAGAACAGUCGGGCAGCCUGGCGAGCUCCCAGUAGGGGCCAGCAAGGAUUGACCAGAGAGGCCUGCCUGUCCAUCUUGGGCCGCUUCCCCAGGGCCCUGGUGUGGGUCAGCCUGUCCCUGCUCAGGAAAGGCAGCCCCGAGCCACACACCAUGAUCUGCAUCCCAACCGAGGAGGACUUUCUCCAGCUCCAUAAGGAUCGGCACUGCUGCGGGCCCCAGGAAUCCAAGCACAGCGACCUGUUCAAGAGCAAGAUCCUGAAACAGAAAGAAAAGAAGAAAAAGGAGAAGAGGCAGACGCGGGGCUGUGCUGCUUCUGAGGGCCUGGCCGGGAGAGAUCCCCCAGCCAGGCAGGGAGCGCUGACCCAGGGGCUGUGGUCAGGGCCUCUCCCACGUGUGACAUCACACUGCUCCAGAGUGCUCCUUGGCUUCGUCACUCAGGGCGAUUUCUCCAUGGCCGCUGGCUGUGGGGAAGCCCUGGGGUUUGUGAGCUUGACAGGCUUGCUGAAUAUGCUGUGCAACCAGCCGGCAGCCCAGAGGGGCCUCGUGUUGCUGAGGCCCCCCACCUCUCUGCAGUAUCGAUUUGCGAGAAUUGCUAUUGAGGUGUGAAUGUGGGCUCCAUCCCAACAGGGCACAGGUAAUAACUGUUUGCCAAGUCUCACAACUGGAGAGUCCCGUUUUCCUGUCUUCUGCUCUAAAAUAUCAUGUGAAACUCCCUGGAAACAAAAAUUAAAAAUUAUAUAUAAUGCAAAUGA